GAGGGGCGUGGACAAAAAGCGGAGCUGUCAUUUCGGGGUCCUUCCACGCAUGCGCGUCCAAGGGCCCGCUGAAGCAGGGCUCGUCGGCAUCGCGCAUGCGUGGUGAUUGAGGCGGCGGCGGCAUCAUUCUCAUCACCGGCCCUACCCGGCUCAGCUAUACUGAUUUAUUUCUCGCUUUCUGGGAUUCGGGAUUUUUAAACGAUGUCGUACGGUCCGCUAGAGACUUACCGGCCCGGGGGAGUGUCGGUUCCGCCUCGGGACUUCAACAGCAUUAUCCAGACCUGCAGCGCCAACGUACAGCGCCUGACACAAUGCACUUCUCAGAUAAAGAAUUUGAUGAGCCAACUAGGAACGAAGCAAGACUCCAGCAAGCUUCAGGAAAACUUGCAGCAGUUGCAGCACACUGCAAACCGGCUUGCCAAGGAGACCAAUGAGUACCUGAAGGAACUGGGCUCCCUGCCACUGCCUUUAUCUUCACUGGAACAGCGCCAGCAGAAACUUCAAAAGGAGCGUUUAAUGAGUGACUUUUCUGCUGCCUUAAAUAACUUCCAAGUGGUACAGAGAAGAGUGUCUGAGAAAGAGAAAGAAACAGUUGCCCGGGCAAGGGCUGGCUCCCGUCUCUCUGCAGAGGAGAGGAACAAGGAUGAGCAGUUGGUCUCAUUUGACAGCAAUGAAGAGUGGAAUCAGAUGCAGUCUCAAGAAGAGGAUGCGAUAACAGAACAAGACCUUGAACUAAUUAAGGAGAGAGAAACAGCCAUCAUGCAAUUAGAGGCAGAUAUCCUGGACGUGAACCAGAUAUUUAAAGAUUUGGCUAUGAUGAUCCACGAUCAAGGAGACAUGAUCGACAGCAUAGAAUCAAGUAUAGAAAAUGCAGAGGUUCAUGUGGAAAACGCGAAUGAGCAGCUACAGAGAGCUUCGUAUUAUCAGAAAAAAUCUCGUAAGAAGAUCUGCAUCCUGAUUGUUGGCCUUGUCAUGGUUUUGCUAAUCCUGGGCAUUGUCAUCUGGCAGGCAGCAAAAUGAAGUUCCUGAGUAGAAUUGAAUUAACUGCAGCGUUGUUGGAUAUUUUCCCGCCAGCACUCAAGGUGGGGAAUAAGUAGACAAGCCUGUGAAACGAAGUGAUCUAGAUGCAAAGGAGCACAAACCAGUUUUCCUGUAGUUAUUCUAUAUAGAAACUAACAAGAAGAUAAAUAGUUCUUGGACUCGGUGAACUCUGAUGACAGUAUUUAUCAGUUUGUGUAAAAAUAUUUUAUGUAACUGAUCUUGUGGGGUUUUUUGUUUUCUGUACUAUAUAUACUAAUGCAGUCCCAAAUGUAAAGUGUUGAAGAAUCUAUGACCUCGUUUCACUGAUAUGUGUAGAUAUAAUUUUUUAAAAAUCUGUGCUCCUUUUAUAAGUGAUCUGCAUAUGCACUACUUCCAACAAGGAGAAACUUUCACUUACCCAGCAAUUUUAAGUCUCUGACUGAUAAGUUAGACACAGUACAGACAGCCGCUUCAGGUAUGCAAAUACAGGUGGGUUUCUCUCAAAUUGCAGCUCAUCUGUCCCAUUGCUGGCUGCUUUUGAAACUUCACCAUGUUUCAGAAGCAGCUUUUUAUGCAGAAUUGUGAGCUGGUAGUUGCGAAGGCGGAAAUACCAACUUUGCAAGACCCACAAAAAUUACUAUCCCAGAGUAGGCCUUGGCUUUUAAAUUGCCAAGGGAAAAGGCAACCCUCUUUCUUUUAAAUGCCAAAGUGGAAAAUAUUGAGACCACCUGACCAAUAAUACAUUUGGUAACUGAUUUUUAUUCGUGUGCCAUGUCUGUGGUGACACUGAAUCAUUUUAGCGGUGUGUUCAAAUGUCUUGUUUCCUAGUGAAGUCGUCAUUGGUGGUGGACUGUAGAGCCACUCUAGUCUGUUCUCAGUGUAUGCCUCUAGCACAAGCAUUAGAGAUAUUUCAUGAAAGCAACUCAAUUAUCUUGGAACAAAUACGACUGCAGAUAGGAAACGAAGCACUGAGCCUAUAAUGGCUUCAACAGCUAACAUUGCAGAGUGGGGUAGUUAUGCAUUUUGUGGUUAAUUACCAAAUAUCAGUCUUUGAAACAAAAAGCUUCUGGCACUACAUUAUAUGACAACACUGAUUUUCUCACUGGGUUGUGAGAGUCUGACUGAACCAAUGUGCUGGAGGAAUUGUUAGAGCACUUUCAGUCCAGUCCUACUUCUCAGAGUAACUGGCGAAAAAGAGACGUACAAGUUGUUGAGGUCCUAUAUCCAAAAACCUGCAACUUCCUUCUAUUGACACAUUCAUAUUUAUUCCUGUUUCCCCUUACGUAAAUUACUAAACUGUGAAAGUCUGUGUGGGAGAAGAACAAUGUCCUCAGUUGCACAUCUUUCUUUGCACUAUGGCUCCCAUCAUUCCUUCAACUUAUCAAUAAACAUUUUUAAAAGAA